AGCAAACGUCCGACGAGAAAUAUGGAGUCCGUCGUGCAGGAAUUAACGGCAGCGAUCGUGUCGGACCAAAAAGGCAUACCGAAAUCGAAAAGGAAAUUGCAAAAACACCUGCGCAGUGCCGGCCUGGAAUACGUGUCGCGAACGGGAAAGUUGAUUCCCGCGAAAAAAGUUGCAGAGGAAUUAUGUCAGUGUCCACACAAAUGCGACGAACUCGUACCGCAAGAGGCCCGGAUUCAGCUCUUCAACCAUUUUUACGGCUUGGGCGAGGCCAACAUGCAAAAUCAGUUUUUGCGCAGCAAUAUGGACCUGAGAGCGAGAAUGAACGUACCUGAAACUAAUACGGGAACGGGGAGACCUCCCAGAAGAAUCACCUGCAAGUACUUGGUACCAUUGAUAAAUGAAGCAAGAACAGUUGAAGUAUGUCAAAAAGCUUUUGUUAGUGCCUUCGUGAUAACUACAAAACGUGUAAGACUCCAACGAGAAAAACUAAUUGCCAGUCUAGGAUUGAACAGCUACAGGAGCCACAAUAGGAGUAAAAAGGACAGAGAAGAAAAAAUCCAAUUCGCUGCAGAAACGAAUAACAACAACAACAAUAGUUUACAAUUGAACAACAACACUAUCACCUUAAGCUCGUUGAAGUCAAAGUUCAAUUUGCCUUCGAAUUUGAGCCUAUUUUUACCAAGCCCUUGUCAAGGAAACGUCCCCAAUAAAAACCCAGCCCCUCCAGAAUUAAACUCAGCAAAAAAACUAGCCAGCAUCUUGGGUAAAAAGUCCCUAGAAGAACUACGAGAAUUAAACAUUACAUUGGAAAAAAACAAUUCGACUAGUGACUCUGAAGAGGAUGUCAAACCACCACCACCUAAACGUCUUAGGAAACAACAAAAAUCCAGCAUUAUGCAUCUAGACAAUCCUCUAUUACCAUUCGGCCUAGUGGUACCGGAUGGGGUGACAAUAGCGCCGGUUGCCACUCCGGACCACGACAGAGACAUUGCGAUUGUCAAUAAUUUCUUCAACAAUCAAUUGUGGAAGCCCGAAUACAUUGGGGCCCAUUCGUGAUGAAAUUUUGCGGUCCAAAAACGAAAUCUCAGGACUAAUUAUUAUUUUUUUGCAGUAAGUAGUAGGGGGUUCGGGGUAGAUUUAUUAUUAGAACAUUAUUUGAUUUUUUUUAUAUAUACAGGGUGUGAGUAAGUAUGGGGUAAUUAUAAGAUAUACAGGGUUUUUUUGAAUCAUGACAAAACCAAAUAUCUCCAGAAGUAUUCCUUAUGAUUACCAAGAUCCCCAUACUUACACCCUGUAUAUAUAUUUUUAUAGGGACAUGUGAUAAGUUUGUCCCACUUCUAGUAUAAUUUUGAAUAAUUUAAAAGUUACCUUUAGCUACUUAAAAGAAAUAUAUAAGAAAUAUUUUUGUAAAUAUCCAUAUUUUAUUGUUUUGUAAAGAUAAAUUUAUAUUAUUGUUAUUUAUUAGAGAAUCUAUUUUGAUAUAGGAUUAUUAUUGCCUCUCAAAACGCCUUCAUUUGUCAGUAAAUAACCAAAGAACUAACAGUAAUUUUAUAAUUAAAAUCAAAAUUAAUAGAACAAUCAAGGAAGAUUAUUUUCAAGUAAAACUAAUCCAUAAUGUUACUAAACAUAAUUGUGAUAGAAUGUCCAAUUUGUUAAAUUUAUAUUUAAAUGUUAUUGUAAAUACAUAUUCUUAUACGAAGAAAAUCUUACUUAAUUUUCCAGUCACUACUUUUGUUAUUUCAUUACUUAAGAGAAAAAAUUGUAAAUACAUAAUAUAUUAUUUAAACAAUCAAAGCGCCUUAAAAAGUGUACUUAUGUGUGAGAUUUGAUACCUAUUUUCAGAUUUUUUGAAAAUACUUGUACCUAAUUUAAAUGUAACUGUGAUUGUGAUAUGUAUCAAAAAUCAAAAAAAUAUUUAUAUUAGGGUCAUUAAUAACAGGGAAAACUUAUAUAUUUUUUUUUUGUUACCAAGAAACUAUAUAUUUUGUUAAUAAUUAGAAGAAUCUUUUGUCCAUUAUGUUUUCCAAAAGUACUUAUCUAAGUUAUAGUUUAAUUUGCGUUAUAUAAUUUUUUUGACAUAUAGUUUAUUAAAUAAUAGUUGUAUUCUAUAUAAUGUUUGUUUUUCAAUAA